AAAGGUGGCUAAACGUUAGCAUAUUAAGACGCCUCUCUAUAUCAUAACUUUUCAAUGAUCACAGUUUGUUUUUUACUGUCUGUCUCUUAGGUAGCAAAGCGAUUGUAUUUUAAGCUCGUGACUACCCUCCUAGUGUUGUUAUCUGAAAACGUAGGAGGCGUAGGAAAAAGAUGCAGGUUCUUGCCAAUUCAGGGGCCGGCCCCGCGGGCUUCACACCGCUUAGCAGCAAUGCCAGUGCGUCCAAAAGCGGUGACCGCAUGCUCACCGACUUGAGCAUGUAUAACACACCACCGACGGAGAAUAUAACGCUUGAGGAAUUUGAGCGGCUGGCGUUAGCUCGUCUAUCAGUCCUGAAGGAGAUGGAGGCCUACAAACUACGACACCCCAACAAGACUGAGAAGGAGUACCUGGACAAGCUCAACCAGCUAAAGCAGAAACACAUGCGCGGCAUCUCCUCCUCUUCCUCCUCCUCCGCCCAGCCCGGCCCCGCCGCCUCCUCCACCUCCCUGCGUGAUGAGGACGUCCGUACAGAUCUGAUCUCGCAUUACGUACUGCGACUGGCGUACUGCCGUACCGCGGAUCUGCGCAAGUGGUUCCUGGCGCAGGAGUGCGAAAUGUUUCGACUCAAGUUUGGGACCUACAACGCAGCCGAGCAUGAGGCCUUCCUGGCCGCACACGCCCCCCAGUACCGCCCCGUGCCCCCCGCGGAGCUGGAGGAGGUGAUGGACGACAUCCUGCGGGUGAUGCGGUCGGGCCUUGAGACCAAGGAGGCGCUGCAGCGGGCGCAGAACGACAGGAGGUUCUACAAGGUUUCCUGGACUCGUGUUCCCGAGCUGGUGGCGCAGCGGCGGGUGCUGCUGCGGGGCGGGUGGGCCUACGUGAGCCGGGACGCGCUGGCGCCGCUGGUGGUGGCGGAGUUCAGGGCGGGGGUCAGCAAGGGUUUGUCCGACAUGGCUCGGCGGUGGCGGCAGAUGUUCCCACCCGAGGAGGAGCAGCGACUGCAGCCGCUGGUGGCGUCGCUGGCGAACAGGUCCCUGGUUGCGGACUACAGCGGAGUGGCCACCCGCUACGGCUCCGUGAGCGCCGCCAGCCUGCCCUCCCUGGCGUCGCGGCACUUCCCGCUGUGCAUGUCGCACCUGAUGACCUCGCUGCACUCGGAGCGGCACCUGAGGCACGGGGGCAGGCAGCAGCUGGGGCUGUUCCUAAAGGGCAUCGGUCUGCCGCUGGAGGAGGCGCUGCUGUUUUGGCGCUCCGAGUUCGCCCCCCGCACCCCGGGGGAUCAGUUCGACAAGCAAUACGCUUACAACAUCCGACACAACUACGGCAAGGAGGGGAAGCGGACAGACUACACGGCACACAGGUGCACCACCAUCGUUGGGUUCAGCGGCGGCGCGGGCGACCACCACGGCUGCCCCUACCGCCGGCUGGACGAGGGGGCGCUGCGGACCGCACUCAGCCGCCUCAACUGCGAUGACCGUAAGCUGGAGGAGGCGCUGUCCAAGGCGCGCGAGGGGCACUACCAGCUGGCCUGCGCGGCCGCAUUCGAGGGCAUCCACCGAGUGCCGGAGAUGGAUGUGGGCAUCUCCACCCCGCUGCAGUACUACGCAGAGAGCCGGCGGGUUUGUGCGGAGCGGGAGGCGGCCGCCAACGGGGGGGCCGCCAAGGGUCCGGCAGGGGCGGUGGGCGAGGCGGCGGAGGGCGCUGCUGGUGGCAGCAAUACGGCAGCAGCGGGGGCUGGGGCAACGGCGGG